CGUGCCAUGUUUGCGGAAGUGAAUGAAGGCUCUUUGGUCUCAGUUUAGAAAUGAACCGGGGAACAUCUGAAUAUAAGCGAUAAGACCUUUAUUUUUAUUUUGAUCUCCCCCUUGAUUUUCGUCGACGUGAAGAAUCAUGAAUUUACCGAAGGGCCCUGACUCUUUGUGUUUUAACAAAGAUGAGUUUAUGAAGGAUGAUUUUGACGUGGAUAAAUUCGUGGCGGACUGCAGAAAGCGUGUCCAGCUGGAGGAGAUGCGCCAGGACCUGGAGCACUAUUACAGGCUCCUCAAAACGGCCAUGGUCGAGCUUAUCAAUAAAGAUUAUGCUGAUUUUGUCAACUUGUCCACAAAUCUUGUGGGAAUGGAUAAAGCUCUCAAUCAGCUUUCUGUCCCUCUCGGCCAGCUGCGAGAAGAAGUGCUGAGUCUGAGGUCAUCGGUCAACGAAGUCAUCCAAGCCAUAGACACACAGUUGACCAAGCAAGACGACAUACAAAAGAAAAAGGGUUGUGUAUUAAGACUUAUGCAAGUGGUUCGAUCGGUGGAGAAAAUCGAGAAAAUCCUACACUCGCAAAAUGCCCAAGACACCACUUCUCUUGAGACAAGCAGUCCUUUGGUAGCGGGUCAGAUUCUCGAGCGGAUCGCCACCGAGUUCAACCAGCUGCAGUUCCAUGCUGUCCAGAGCAAAGGCAUGCCCCUGCUGGAUAAAGUUCGACCGAGGAUUGCUGGUAUCACUGCCAUGCUGCAGCAGUCCCUCGAGGGUUUGCUAAUUCAGGGCUUACAAACAUCAAACGUGGCCAUGGUGCGUCACUGCCUGCGCACUUACGCCACUAUCGACAAGACCAAAGAUGCAGAGACACUGGUCGGACAAGUCUUAGUGAAGCCAUACAUGGAAGAGGUCAUAACUGAACAGUUUAUGAAGUCCAGCCCUAACAGCCUUCAAAUGAUGUACGCUAAGGUUCUGGAGUUUGUGCCACAUCAUUGCCGUCUGCUCCGCGAGGUCACAGGAGGGACUGUUUCGAGUGACAAAGCUGACGUCGUUCCUGGAUAUGACUUCCUUGUUAACUCUGUCUGGCCGGAGACCAUUAGAGGCGUUGAAGGCAGGAUCCCUUCUCUUUUUAAUCCAGGCAAUCCAGAUGUGUUUUACGAGAGGUACUCUAUUAGCAUGGACUUUGUGCGGAAGUUUGAGAGGCAGUGCGGAUCUCAGGCGAGUGUAAAGAGACUUCGAGCACACCCGUCAUAUCAAAGCUUCCACAACAAGUGGAACCUCCCUGUUUACUUUCAGCUGCGGUACAAAGAGAUUGCUGGAUGUCUGGAAAAUGCCACUGCAGAUGGAUUAAAAGCAGCUCCAGUGGGAAGCCAGUACCGUUUACAGGUGACCGAGGUGUUAUGUAGCUGUGUAUGCAGGUGUUGGGCAGAGCGCAUCUACCUGCCCCCUCUUGCUCAUCGAUUCUGGAAGCUAACGCUGCAGCUCUUUUCCCGUUAUGCCACCUUUCUCACUGAGGUCCUAACAAAAACCUCACCUUCAGAUACCACCAAAGAAGCCAUUAGACCUCUCCCAAGCUCUGCCUCCUCCACAUCGAGCCGUACUUCUCAGGAUGCAGACAGUGAGAGCGGUGGUCCUACAGUCCUGUCCACCAAACAGCUGGUUUUCAUUGCUGCUGAUGUGGAUCGUUUACAGGAACAGAUUCCUGAAAUCUCUAAUAUGGUGAAGGAGAGAUUGCAGGAGAUUGGGUUCCAAAACCUUGCACUUGUAUCAGAUGCCUUGGGUGACUCUAAAGCGGCUUUGGCUGGAUGCAUCCCAACAUUGAACAGCAGGAUGACUCAGAACCUGACCGAGAGGAGCUUCCGCUUCCUGAAAAAUGCAUCAGAAGUUCCACGUCUCUACAGAAGAACCAAUAAGGAGGUACCCACCAGAGCCUCAGCUUAUAUGGAUAAUGCUCUGCAACCCAUACAUCAGCUGCUCACUGACUCCACAGACGUGGUGAAGCUUUCCAUCAUCCACGAGUGGCUCCGUGUUGCACUUUCAGACUGCACUCACAGAUACUUUGAGACCAUAUCUGACGUGCUGAGCUCUGUGCGGAAGAUGGAGGAGAGUCUGAAGAGGCUGAAACAGGCGAGAAAAACCGCCACAACAAGCACAGCAGGAGCCAACUCCGGACCCUCAGACGACAGCAAGAUCCGCCUGCAGUUGGCUCUGGAUGUUGAGUAUCUCGGAGAGCAGAUUGAGAAGAUGGGUCUCCAGCCAAGCGACAUCACCAUGUUCUCCGCUCUGCUGGACUUGGUGCGCGAGGCACGGGAUCUCGCCACAGCAGAGCAGGCUGGUUCCUAGGGCUCGUCCUUCAGGUCGACGGGAAACUCCUGUUUUACCGAGCUUGGGCAGGUGUUCACAAAGGUUACGGGGGGAAACAAAAGGCUUCCCCACUGAUUGACAGCCAUGUUGCUCUCAGUGAAGUUGAGAUGUAAAAAUCGAGCGCUUUAAACUGAGAGAUCUGCCUGCGAUAAAGCACUACAAGAAUGUGUUCUUUUGGUCAAAUGUUAUUUAUUGUUAAAUCCUUUGACAUAAUUAGGGAAUUUUAAUGUUAAAUAAUAGUGGAUAAGGGAUUCAUAAUGAUAUGCAAUGAUUCUAAAUAUAAUCAUUUUUAUAUUAAGGAAUGUACUGGAAAGUACUGUGUGUUGUAACCUGUAAUACACAGUUACAUAAGCAGUUGCUUUGACAGCCUGUGACUGUUGUUUUGGAGAUUAUGUCAUAAAAUUUAACACUGUGUGUCAGAAUGAAUGAAGUGUAAUUUCUGCCACAGUAUCUUCUCUGAGCCAGGUUGCCAAAUAGAAGCUCAGCACCCCAAUGUGACUUUUUGCAUUUCAUGUCAACAUACUGUUAUCAGAGACAUGUUCUACUGGAUAAGGCUGAAAAUACUGUAACUUUUCAACAUAUCCUUGAAAAUAAAAGGCUUAGAAAGUUA